CACUGGCCGGCCAUAGGAACGUGGAACGGCACCACAAAGGUUGCAGUGAAGACUCUGAAACCCGGCACUAUGUCACCUGAAGCAUUUCUUGAGGAAGCCCAAAUAAUGAAGAGACUGAGACAUGACAAAUUGGUUCAGCUUUACGCAGUGGUUUCUGAGGAACCCAUCUACAUCGUCACGGAAUUCAUGACUCAAGGAAGCUUACUGGAUUUUCUAAAGGAUGGUGAUGGAAGGAUAUUAAAACUACCACAGCUUGUCGACAUGGCAGCACAGAUUGCAGCAGGAAUGGCCUAUAUCGAGAGAAUGAAUUACAUUCACAGAGAUUUAAGGGCUGCUAAUAUUCUUGUAGGAGAAAAUCUUGUGUGUAAGAUUGCAGAUUUCGGGCUGGCAAGACUUAUUGAAGACAAUGAAUACACAGCCCGACAAGGGGCCAAGUUCCCAAUAAAAUGGACAGCGCCUGAAGCUGCUCUUUAUGGAAAGUUUACAAUCAAGUCGGAUGUGUGGUCAUUUGGGAUUCUGUUGAUAGAGCUGGUUACCAAAGGAAGAGUUCCAUAUCCAGGAAUGAACAAUCGUGAAGUUUUGGAGCAGGUGGAGCGAGGAUAUCGAAUGCCGUGUCCGAAUGCCUGUCCAGGUUCUCUUCAUGACCUGAUGAUCCAGUGCUGGAAGAAAGACCCAGAAGAAAGGCCAACGUUUGAAUAUUUACAGUCCUUCCUCGAGGACUACUUCACAGCAACAGAACCCCAGUACCAGCCUGGGGAAAACCUGUAGAUCCCCCUGGCAACUGGAACACUCCUUAACCAAUGACAAACUAUAUUUCUGAUCAACCGUGUUCCAAGGUUGCUGAACCUGGAGCCUGUGCUGUAAUGUAUUCACAGCCUAAACCCUGAAGGAACACAUCGAGUGUGACAGCAACUGUUACACACUUCCGAUUAACAGAACACCCAAAUAGUUUUGGGGUUAACGGCCUCCGCUUUCUUUGCCGCAAUUAAUUUUUCUCUCAUUUUUUUUAAAGGCAGAACUCAGCAAAAUGGUUCCAGAGUCGGGGUGGGUGUGCAGGGAAUUGUGGCAGAGAUGUACUGAUGUUGUUCAGCGGUGUUGGGCUCCAGACACUGGAUUUUCCAUCAACUUGACAAGGUCUGUCAGCAGAACCCAGAGCAUAGCCAUUGCUUGUGGUUUCCAGCCAGUGAUUCAGCGUGUUGCUGUCAAACACACUGUGUAGGAAGGCGACUGAUCUGCUAGGCUUAUUUAACAACGUUGCAUUGGACUGUGCAAAUUCUUUUCCUUCUUAAUUAAUAUUUCACUGAGCUAUUCUAUUUGAUUUACCAUAUUUCCAGAAAUAUUUUACUCUGAGAUUUGUACAAUUUUAUAGGCCCAAAUCCAAGGACACACAUUUUAAAAAGAUAAAUUUUAUACACUGGCAUAAGGCCAGCAAAGGUGGUCAAGUUUAGUCACUGAAUAACAUUUACUUACACUGUAAAUACAAUCUGUUUAGUACCAGUGUCAACAUAAGAGUAAUAAAGAAGGAGCACAAUUGAUUAAUUUACAUGACAUGGUAUAGGAGAAUGUGACACUAUGAAGUUUAACUCUCUGGGUAUUUGUGAACAGGGCAAUAAAUUUUUUGGAUGAAUAUCUGAAAAGAUAGUGAUGUACUGGGCUGGCCUAAAUAUUGGGGUGCUGUCAUUUGGAGGAUCUGCUCCCAGAAGAGAAACUGUGUCACAUCAAUAUCAAACAUGACAGUGAUCCCUCCAUAUUGGUGACCUUAAAACUCCUGCUUUCCGGCCAUCAAGCGUCCUGACUGAAAGGUGUGGUGUGAGCAUUACUGCUGUCACUGUGCUCGCAGCUUCUGAUGAGCUGGACGCAGUCAAUCAGCCCCUGAGCAAAAUCCUCAAAUACAUCGAGACAACACUGGUACUGUGCGACAACCAUUGCCUUCAGAGAAAGGCUUACAUUACAGAAAAUAUAAGGCCAAGCCAUCAGCAGGGCUGGCCAUCUUCAAUCUAACCCGAGAUGAUAGGACUGCGACCAUUUGGAGAACUGAAAUGUGUUCCCCAAUUUCUUUGAUGAAGAUCAGCUUGUUUGGAAUAACCAAGAAGCUUCAGGUUCAGAAUCUAAUCUAAUCUGGGUUUAAUUUUUUUUAACAGAACGUUCAACUGUGCUUUAUUUAAAUGUUUUUCACCUUUCUAACAUGAUCAGGAUUGUUAAUCUGAUUGUUAUUUUGUCAUUGUUUCUGGUGCAAAUUACUGAAGCUUACGUUUUUGCUCGCUCUAAAAUCUGCAUUAUUUCUUAACAUGUCAUAGAAUAGAGACACUUUCAGUGGAAUUUCUUUCCAAAAAAAGCUUUGUACAGCUUUUGCUGCGCAUAAUGUAAAUUUGUUACUUUGGCGUGUUCACAAGUGACUCAAUUGCAACAAAAUACAAUUGAAUUAAAAUUACUUUUACAGGCAACCUCA